CGUUGCUACAGACGCGCUAUGGCGGUCGCGGCAUGCACGCCUGUGUUGUGGUAUUUAGCUUCUAAUAUUUUCUACCUGUGAUGUUAUAUGUUUUAUUGCUUGCAGGGUGUGUGGUCAAGAACGAAAAUGAUCCGCCACUUUCUCCGUCGUCGGUGUUGGGUGAUGCUAGACCGUGAGUUGCAAUCUUCGUUGCUUAGUGGCCCUGGUUCGUCACACCGACGUGUACUAUGGUCCAAGCAGCCAGAAUGUUGGCACGCCUACAGUACUAACAGCCGAUCGAUUGUCUUGGGAAUUGAGACAAGUUGUGACGACACAGCGGUGGGUAUCGUCGAUGACGAGGGAAACAUACUCGGCGAAGCAGCCCACUCUCAGCUGGCAAAGCACAUUGAGUAUGGUGGCAUCAUUCCUCCCAUUGCACGGGACAUGCAUGCGGAAAACAUUGCACGAGUUGCUCAAGAUGCUCUGAAGCAAUGCCCUGUACCAUUAGAGGCGAUGACAGCCAUUGCUGUAACAACGCGCCCCGGCAUGGCUCUUUCAUUGCGUGUGGGCUUCGAUUUUGCUUGCAACCUGGCCCGCAAGUAUGGCAAGCCACUCAUCCCUGUGCACCACAUGGAGGCUCAUGCAACGGCUGUUCGGCUGCAGCACAGGGUGGAGUUUCCCUACCUAGUUUUACUAGUGUCUGGUGGCCACUGCCAGCUGGCAGUGGUGCGUGCCAUCGACGAUAUUGUGCUGCUGGGGCAAACCAUUGAUGAUGCUCCAGGAGAGGCCUUCGACAAGGUGGCCCGUCGAUUGAAGUUGCACAACCUGCCUGAAUGCCGCCUCCUCAGUGGAGGUGCAGCAAUCGAGCUGCAGGCCCGUGGGGCCAACCCUCACGCCUUCCCAUUCCCAGAGCCCAUGCUGGAUUACCGUAGCUGCGACUUCUCUUUUGCGGGCCUAAAGAACUCUGUUUUCAGAGAAAUCCUGCGCCUGGAAAAGCAACAUGGUAUCGAGGCAGACGCCCUGGUUCCUGAACUGCACGAUGUAUGCGCAUCAAUGCAGCGAGCUGUAGUGCAGCACUUGGUUCGACGCACCCAGAGGGCACUAGAGUUCUGUUCACGACAGGGCCUGCUGCCUCCACUGGCUUCCGACGAACCUAGACAAGAAAUGGCGGCUCCAACCGUCGUGGUUGCAGGCGGUGUGGCAUGCAAUGGUGUGCUCAGAGACACACUUGCACAGCUGUGUGACCAUCUGGGAGCCAGGUUUGUGGCCACACCUGCCAGGCUGUGCUCAGACAAUGGCCUCAUGGUUGCCUGGAAUGGGCUGGAACUGUAUGCAGCUUCACCAGCAUCAGCUGUUGUGGAUCUUGAUUCGUUUAGGGUUGAGCCAAGGUGUCCACUGGGAACAGAUAUUUCACAGUCAGUUGCCCAAGCAUCCAUCAAGCUGCAGAAGAUUAAGCUGAAAUUUGAUUGAACCAAUUACAAAUGUUUCUUUGCUCACAAAAAAAAAAAGAAAGAAAGAAAGAGGAAUUUGAAGGCCAGUGUCACAACUGAGGCUACAGAACACUAGAGCAUGGGUCUCCCAGUUAAUUUUGACCACUCCAAGUGGUCAGAUUUAACCAGGGAGUGUAAAUGUCUUUAUGUAGACUCGGCCACAAAAUAUUGCGGGGUACGUGAGCGCGUGGUGAAACGGCCCUCCUCUCCCUCUGGCUGCUCACCCCUGGUGUCGAGACCGACGCAUGCGCGUCCCUCUGCAACUGCAAGCGUGCAUGUUUCUGCGCUUCCUCCUUGCACGCCGCCCAUAUCCCAGUGUAGCCGCGAGGUUCCCCUCUUGCGAUUGGCACUGUGGUGGCUCCGACGGGCAAAACUUAGCUGAUGUACCGGAAAUAAGUUUAUUUUCAUCUUGCCUGCCUCUUUCUAUAGAGCGCCUUUUCUGCCAGGCUCUUCUGUGGGAGAAUGCCCCGUUCGUAAAAAUAAAGAAAUAACGAACAUUGGCCACGAAAAAGUGCAGCGCAGAAAAAAGAAAUGGACUUGUUGCGUUCGUGACCGGGCGAUAUGCAUCUGCGCUCGUGACUCGACAAAAAGCAGCCGCUGCGGCGUGCGCAAGCUCACGCUUCACAUUGUUUUGCCCGUCGAAGCCACCACAGUGCCAAUCGCAAGAGGGGCACCUCGUGGCUACACUCUGAUAUCGCUGGCACGCAGGGAGGAAGCGCGGAAACAUUCACGCUUGCAGUCGUGGAGGGACGCCUUGACAACCAGGGGUGAGCGGCAAAAGGGAGAGGAGGGCCGUUUCGCCACGCGCUCGCGUACCCUGCAAUAUUUUGUGGCCGAGUGUACAUGGCCUAGGUAGAUGACCUAACUUUAACCACCCUAGGUGGUCAAAAUUAGGUCAUCUACAUGGGGUUCUUUAACAUGCUUUGAAGUCUUGAUACCUGGUCAUUGUUGCACUCUGGACUCACGAGAAUGAGGCUGCAGUAACUGAAAAUCAAAUCUGCAACCUUGUGCUCAGCAACAGAAUGCUGGUAUAGCCACCGAGCUGCUCCGGUGGGUAUUGUCAUGAUGUUUGUGCCCUCCGCCCACUAACUGGCUGAUCACUGAAAUAUAGAGUGGUUAACUAAAUCCCAAACUCAUGUAUUUAUUUUGUGGUUUGCUUCUACGACCAGAAGGAUGGAAAGACAAAGACGACAAACACAAGUAGCUACAGCUCUUCCGGAACUGUAUCACAAGUUUUGCUGUAUUCACGACUACAGAUGCUCGUGGUGUUCCCAUUUGUUCAUGGAAAAGCGAGCAAUUUUGACUUGCAAACAUGUCCGGUGUCUGGUUUCUAUUUUGAUCAAGACAACACUUUUGCAUCUUGUGUGGUUGUAUCUUUUCUCAGCUGUAUGUGUAUUGUGGUCAGUUGUUUCAAGCAAGAAAUGUUUGUAGGAAGUGCAAAGACAAUGCUACUUGCCACAGUGGCUACGGAAUUGUGUUGCUGAGCACAAAACAUUUCAGGUUCAAUCUUCGCCUUGGUGACCACAUUCCUAUGGAGGUAGAAUGCAAAAAUGCUAGUGACCAUGCAUUUGUGCGCGUUAAAGAAACCCAGGUGGUCAAAAUUAAUCCAGAGCCCUCUAUUACGCCGUCCCUCAUAACCCACUUUGCAGUUUCAGAAUGUUGAAUCCCACAAUUUAAUUUUAAGACAAUGCUGACUGUGGCAGCUUCUCACGGCCAGGAAUGCAGAGUGAUUUUGGUACGUAACAAAGGGGGAAAUAACACAGAGGGGGAGAAAAAGAUAAAACAUAUUGGUGUAGGUGUUCGGUGGGCUUGCACCUGCCUGAUGACCUUCACUGGAAGCAGUGUUAGGCAAGAGCACAUAUUUUGAGAAGAACGUGGUGGCAAACGUGCUCCUGAACUUGGUAGCUUUAGGACGCGAAUAGUCCGCUCUCAUUUCUUUUUGAAUAUUUUUGGUACGUCUUUGUCCUUGUUCUUGAUGAGGUAGAAAGUUCAGCAUUGUUUGUGUGGUGUAACAGAAAACCACAAAGUUUCAUGAUAGGAAAAAGAUUGUAAUUCACCUGAAAGUAGCAGGAAGUUAAAAGGAAACCCAUACGGGUUUUUCAGGAAGGAAACUUUGCAGCUGAAGAAAAAUUUGUCCUUGUUUUGGAACCGAACCCAGGGCUAACGCCUUUCUGGGGCAGUCACUCUAACAUCUCAGCUGAUCAGGAGGCUAACUGAUUGCAGAGCUAGGUUCAAUUAAUUGACAACUUGAAGUGCCGGGACACUGAAUAUGGCAAAUCAGUUCUGUGGAAAUCUGCAAGGUGGAGGCAUUUUCAUGGAAGAGAACAAUUGUAAUCUGCCCGAGAGUGGCACCUUACGGGUUUCUACAGAACUGAUUAGUUCCAAUAAGCUGUUUCAUUUCAUUUUUAAAAGUUAGUGCUUGUGUUGUGUUC